CGGAUCGCAAACUCCGAGCCAGAGCUUUCCGCGCGCGCCCGAGCCGCCGGCUGCCCGCGCGGCCCGACGCGGAACCGGGGCGCAGCGGGAGUCCGUCUAGGGUGGACGCAGGGGGCGGUGGCUGCGGCAGCCGUCCAUGAGGCGGGCUCGGGCUGCCCGUCACCGGGAACCACGCGGGGUGAGGCGAGGCGAGGCGGCCGCCGGCCGCUCCGGGACGUGGACCGCCAGGAGUUUGAACACCACUCCCACCUGCAGAAAAUUGGCCCUAUCUCCCAGGAGCAUUUGCUUUUCCCUUGGACCACAGCAUCAUGUUUCUCCAUUUCAUGCAGUCUCUCAGUGUCCUGGGUUCCCUGCUGCUGCUUGGAUUCCGGCUUGGCUGCCCACAUCCAUCCACUGAGCACAGAAAGGUGCCUCAGCGAAUGGCAGCGGCCGAGGGCGGCUCCGAGGACAGCGGCAGCGGCGUCCCAGGCGUCUGGGGCGCCUGGGGCCCCUGGUCCGCCUGCUCCCGCAGUUGCAGCGGCGGCGUGAUGGAGCAGACGCGGCCGUGCUUGCCCGGAUCUUACCGCUCGCGCGGCGGCCCGCGGCCGGGAGCCCCAGCGCACGCCUUCUCUGGCCACGUGGUGUCCGCCGUGCGCACGUCGGUGCCGCUUCACCGGAGCCGCGAGGAGUCUCGCGUCCCCGUGGGCAUCAACGCCAGCCGCCAGGGCCCGGUACUGAGGGGCAGCCGGCACCCCCAGGCGCGGGUCCGAGAACCCACAGCGGACAGAAGCAGCAGGACCCGAGGUCCCAUCGGCCCUGGCAAGUAUGGCUAUGGGAAGGCCCCGUACAUCCUACCACUGCAGACGGACUCCGCACACUCACCGCAGAGGCUUCGGAGGCAGAAGCCCUCGUCCCGGCAAUCCAGGUCCCAGGGGGCAUCUAGUCCUAGCCAUGGCUAUAGCCCACCAGCCCACCGGGCCCCCCACCAUGAACCUCUGUACCAGAGUGACAGUGGCCCUCGUUCUGGACUACAGGCCUCAGAGACCUCCAUCUACCAGCUCCCUUUGACCUAUGACCAAGGCUUCCCUGCAGCUUCGAGUCUCUUCCACAGCCCAGAACUCGGCAGCAGCCACACCAUGGGGGCCCCCAGGGCAGCACAGAGCUUUUCCCAGCCAGCCCGGUCUGUAGCCAUCUCCUGCAUUGGGGCCUAUCGCCAGUACAAGCUGUGCAACACCAACGUGUGUCCAGAAAGCAGUAGAAGUAUUCGGGAGGUACAGUGCGCAUCCUACAACAAUAAGCCAUUCAUGGGCCGCUUUUAUGAAUGGGAACCAUUUGCAGAAGUAAAGGGCAAUCGGAAGUGUGAGUUGAACUGCCAGGCAAUGGGCUACCGCUUCUACGUGCGGCAAGCUGAGAAGGUCAUUGACGGCACCCCCUGCGACCAGAAUGGCACGGCCAUCUGCGUGUCUGGGCAGUGCAAGAGCAUCGGCUGUGACGACUACCUAGGCUCGGACAAAGUAGUGGACAAGUGCGGGGUGUGUGGAGGCGAUAACACGGGCUGUCAGGUUGUGUCGGGCGUGUUCAAGCACGCCCUCACCAGCCUGGGCUACCACCGCGUGGUUGAGAUUCCCCAAGGAGCCACAAAAAUCAACAUCACCGAGAUGCACAAGAGCAACAACUACUUGGCCUUGCGAAGUCGCUCUGGCCGCUCCAUCAUCAACGGGAACUGGGCAAUUGACCGGCCCGGAAAAUACGAGGGCGGAGGGACCAUGUUCACCUACAAGCGUCCAAAUGAGAUUUCAAGCACUGCGGGCGAGUCCUUUCUGGCCGAAGGUCCCACUAAUGAGAUCUUGGAUGUCUAUAUGAUACACCAGCAGCCUAACCCAGGAGUCCACUAUGAGUAUGUUAUCAUGGGGACCAACGCCAUCAGCCCCCAGGUGCCUCCUCACAGGAGACCAGGGGAGCCCUUCCAGGGCCAGCGACUGGCAGAGGGGCGGAGCCCGGAGCAGCAGGGAGAAGGGAAGGAGAGGACAGAGGGGAAGGAAGACUUGCACGGUGGGGCCCCUGAAAUAUUCACCUCUGAAUCAGCGCAGACCUUCCCAGUGCGGCACCCGGACAGAUUUUCUGCCCACCGGCCAGACAGUGCGGUGCCACCAGCACCGCAGCCCCCACGACGAAGCCGAGAUCACAACUGGAAGCAGCUCGGCACAACAGAGUGCUCCACCACCUGUGGGAAAGGAUCGCAGCACCCUAUUUUUCGCUGUGUGCACAGAAACACUCACGAAGAGGUUCCUGAGAGCUACUGCGACUCCAGCAUGAAGCCGACCCCUGAGGAGGAGCCCUGCAACCUCUUCCCCUGCCCAGCCUUCUGGGACAUCGGGGAGUGGUCAGAGUGCAGCAAAACCUGUGGCCUGGGCAUGCAGCAUCGCCAGGUUCUGUGCCGCCAGGUGUACGCCAACCGCAGCCUGACCGUGCAGCCCUACCGCUGCCAGCACCUGGAGAAGCCCGAGACCACCAGUACCUGCCAGCUCAAGAUCUGCAGCGAGUGGCAGAUCCGCACGGACUGGACUUCGUGCUCGGUGCCCUGUGGGGUGGGGCAGAGGACCCGAGACGUGAAGUGUGUGAGCAACCUCGGGGACGUGGUUGAUGACGAGGAAUGCAACAUGAAGCUCCGGCCGAAUGACAUUGAGAACUGUGACAUGGGACCGUGUGCAAAGAGCUGGUUCCUCACUGAGUGGAGUGAAAGGUGCUCAGCAGAGUGCGGGGCUGGAGUGCGGACACGCUCGGUGGUGUGCAUGACCCACCACGUCAGCAGCCUGCCCCUGGAGGGCUGUGGGAACAACCGGCCAGCGGAAGCCACCCCGUGCGACAAUGGGCCCUGCACAGGCAAAGUGGAGUGGUUUGCUGGGAGCUGGAGUCAGUGCUCCAUAGAGUGUGGGAGCGGGACCCAACAGCGGGAGGUGAUUUGUGUUAGGAAGAAUGCAGAUGCCUUCGAAGUGCUGGACUCCUAUGAAUGCUCUUUCCUGGAGAGACCCCCCAGCCAGCAGUCGUGCCACCUCAAGCCUUGUGGGGCCAAGUGGUUCAACACAGAAUGGAGCAUGUGCUCCAAGAGCUGCCAGGGGGGCUUCCGGGUCCGUGAAGUGCGUUGCCUGUCAGACGACAUGACCCUCAGUAAUCUCUGUGACCCUCAGCUGAAACCAGAAGAGAAAGAAUCAUGUAACCCUCAGGACUGUGUCCCUGACGUCGACGAAAGCUGCAAGGACAGGUACUACAACUGCAACGUGGUGGUGCAGGCCCGCCUCUGCGUCUACAACUACUACAAGACUGCCUGCUGUGCCUCCUGCACUCGAGUGGCCAACAGGCACCCGGGCUUCUUGGGAAGCAGAUAACACCCUGCACCCACCCACUCGCCGGCUGAGCAGCGAGUCUGUGAGCAGGGUGACCGGCGGGCUGCUGCUCCUCCUGGGGCACCCUGGCCCAGGGUGCUGCCAGCCGAUGGGUCUCCGGCCCCACCUUCAUAAAGUGUGCACGCGGUGCCGGGAGCAGAGCUGCCUUGGCCAUGAGCAUCACGCAAACUGACGAUCCCUCCUCGGGAAGCCUGGCACCCACUAACACACUCUGCGAAAACCAAGCAGUGGGGCAGGCGUUAGGGCAGCUCUCAGCCAACUCCCUCCUGGCACUUUCUGAGUCAGUGAGCACCCUGAGUGGGUGGGCACUGCCUCCUCCCUGGUGCUGCUGGCCUCUCCAGAGUCAGCGGCCCCUACCCCGGGGCCCCACACGGAGUCUCUGAGAUGCCUGCCUCCCUCUGUUACCUCAGCCCGACUGUGCCUGUCUUCAGUCUCAAAGACAUUAGGCUGUUUUCCUGCCUGAUGACACAGGUAUCUCAUGUCACUGUAGUGCUUUAUUGUUUCAGUUAUAUUCACAGUUGUAUUACCCCAUAAGCGGCUCACCACAUCCCAGAAGGGGGGCAGGAAAUGAGUCAUUGUCCUCAUUUUACUGACAAGGAAACUGAGACUCAUUGACCUGCCAAGCACAUUUACUGUUCAGUGGCAGAGCUGAGUCCCAACGCCAUCAUCUGACCACAAACCCUCGGCCUGAGGCUAGUCCAGAAGUCUCAGGUCUCCAGGAUGCAGCUUCAUUUCAGGCCAAGAGGCUGACAAGUUUCCCAAUCAGCAAAUAAAGCCCAGGCCUUUGCAUCUCCACACCCCCCCCCACCCCCGCAGCCAAAGGUCAAAAUGUCACCCCAACAGCAGGAGUUUCAGAAGUCUGCUUCCGGGUACCCCUCCCCCACAAGGUCACAGAGCCUGGCCACAGGCCUCCUGCAGGCUUUGUUAAACGCUGUCUUGAAGGAGCUGUCCGGGACACCAUAAAGCCAUUGGGUAUCAAGGUGAUCACCUGAAAUGCUGAUUUCACUCCCCAGUGAG